AUGCGGUUCAGCUAUGACAUGGCCCUCCUCGUGUCCCUUGUCAAUAGGUGGCGUCUGGAGAUGCACAUGUUUCACCUCCCGUGCGGCGAGAUGGCACCCACGCUCGAGUACAUCUCGCUCCUGGCGGGCCUGCCUUGCGCGUGUGCUGCUGUUGGGGCUAGGAAUGUGGGUGUGGGCUGGCGGGAUGAGAUGCUAGGCUACUUUUCUGUCAUUCAACAGUUGGAUGGCGUAGCCCCGUUUAGACCUUUUCCAGCAAAUGAGAAGCACGGCCCGACAAAGGCCUUUCUCGUUCAGUUUGUAGCGGACACCAUGCACCCACUUGCAGGUGUCCAGGACGUCUCCCGACACUUGGAGGCGUAUCUCAUGUGGUUGUUCAAGUGGGUCAUUUUCACCGAGACCCACGGUAACACGGUCUCGUGGAGCAUUAUUCCCUACACCAGAGAGGGUGCGGACGCUGACCCGGCAGAGGUCCUGCAGUACAGCUGGGUGUCAACUGUGCUGGCUGUGGUGUACCGCGGCUUGUGUGACGGGUGCACGAAGAUCGAUGACAACGCGAUCCUGACCGGGUGUUCUCUGCUGCUUCAGAUGUGGUUGUACGAGCGCAUCACCAUCGACAAACCCGUUGUGGACCUUAGCACGUACCAGUUUGGUGUAGACGGCGUCGACGACCCUACCAUGGGGUCCUUAUGGUGCAAACGUAGGACACACCACGCGUACCCGGACUUUGUUCGCCAGUUCGAUGAGCUGACGGUGGAUUGUGUGCGCUAG